CAGACGGACUGUCGGACGGAGGGAGACGCACGCCGCCAUGGGCCGUUGUAACAGAAGGUGUGGGCUGAUAGCCGGAGCUGUGUUUGGGGCGGUGGUAGCCAUCCUGGGAGGCGUCCUUAUCCCAGUGGGGGACAGCAUCAUUGAGGGGACAGUGAAGAAGGAAGCUGUCAUCGAGCCUGGAACGGCAGCUUAUGACAACUGGGCGUCCGCAGAGGCAGUGGUGUACAGGCAGUUCUGGCUUUUUGACGUGAAAAACCCCCUGGAGGUUUUGAAUAAUGGCACAAAGCCAGUGGUGACAGAGAGAGGACCUUAUACCUACAGGACAAGAUACCUACCCAAAGAGAAUAUCACAGCUCAUUCCAACCACACUAUAGCCUUUGUGCUCCCUGCGGGUGCCAUCUUUGAGCCAUCCUUGUCAGUGGGACCAGAGGAAGACCAAGUCACCUCCCUAAACCUGGCUGUGGCUGGUGCUUAUUCGCUGGUUCCCAAAGGUCUGCAUAGUCUUCUGGAGGGCUUAAUAAGGUCAAGCAAUUCAUCCUUGUUCCAGCGCCGAACAAUAAAAGAAAUCCUGUGGGGUUACCCAGACCCUAUUUUGAAAAGAACUGUGGGAGUCUUUGUACCUUACAAUGGUACCUAUGAUGGCUACUACAAUGUCUACACUGGAAAGGAUGACAUAUCGAAAGUGGGACUUAUUGACAGAUGGCAGGGUGAGAGGACUGUAGAUUACUGGAACAACACAUACUGUGACAUGAUCAACGGAACAGAUGCUUCCUCCUUCCCUCCCUUUUUGGACAAGAAGAAACCUCUCUAUUUCUUCUCUUCGGACAUCUGCAGGUCUGUGUCGGCCACUUUUGAGAAAAGCAAGGAUCUGAAGGGGAUUGAGGUAUACCGCUACGUCCUCCCCACGUUAACCCUGGCCUCCCCUAAGGAGAACCCAGACAACCAGUGUUUCUGCACAGACCCAGUGGUCACCAAGGACUGCGCCUUGGCCGGAGUUCUGGAUGUCAGCUCCUGUCGAGAUGGAGCCCCCAUCUACAUCUCUUUGCCCCACUUUCUUCAUGGCAGCGCUUACCUGAUAGAGGAUGUGCUGGGACUCAAUCCCAGUGAGGAGCACCAUGCCACCUACCUGGACGUGGAACCGACCACUGGGUUCACCCUGGGCUUUGCCAAGAGACUCCAGGUGAAUAUGAUGUACGGACCAUCAAACGUCAUCACGGUACUUAAGAAAGUAAAGGACUACACCAUAUUCCCAGUUGUUUGGCUGAAUGAGACGGCUGUUGUAGAUGACAAGACAGCGGAUAUGUUCAAGAAGGAGCUCAUCUACCCUAUACAGCUGCUGCAUGUGAUACAGCAGGCACUAUUGGGCGUUGGUCUGGCUAUCUUCUUCCUCUGUCUUAUUGCCUACUGUGUGGUGCGAAGGAAGGAAAACAAUGGCAAGUUAGUGUAAGUGAAUCAGGCAAAGCCGUUUGCUGUGCGGGAGAUGUGGAGCACACUGCAGUCACGCUGCUACUGGACCUUUGACCAUUUGAUAUUGACUUGCACUUUUUGUAAGUUCAUUGUUGUUUAAAAUGUUUAUCUUUCUUUGAUACCAAGGGGGGAUACUGUGAUUUUGUAAAGCUUAACAGCUGAAUUCCUUUGCCAAUUAUCAUUUCAUACUUAAUUUAAAUACAAUAAUCACUGUAACAUUAAAUCUCAAUCAGGGAUUUUGAGAGUAAGGAGACUCCUCUCAGAGGUAAAGUUAUUAAUCUACUUUACUGUUCUACAGAGAGAGGAAGAUGUUUUAUGUCCUGUGAAAGAAAUGUACUGUACAUAAAUAAAUUUUAAUCUUGUAACUGAAAUAUACUU